AUGCAGAGGUUCAUGGGGUGCAUGCGAUACCUUGCCUCAGGAGAGAGCUUCAGUAUCAAGAACGUGGUAGACGCAUUCGACUGGCAGGGUCUGGGCAAGGGGCUUGUCGUCGCGGAAAGGCAAUGCACCAACGACAAGGACAUUGACCGCAUCAAGUUCCAGACGCACAACUUCUUCACCGCGCAGCCUGUGAAGAACGCCAGCGCCUACCUCCUCCGGUUCAUCUGUCCUGACUAUUCGAAUUAG